AUGUCUGACACAGAUACACCCACCACUUACGAAACUAUCCAAGGCGGGGGAUCACUUGUCGUUGCUUAUCAAAUCGCAGGUAAAAAAGUACUCAUUGUCGGCGGCGGCAAUGUCGCUGCUCAACGCAUUGUCUCUCUCAAGAUCGCAGAUGCACAAGUCAUCACUGUGUCUCCUGAAGCAGGUCUUCACCCAGAAGUGAAAUUCCGCAUAGAAAACAAGGAAGUGGAGUGGAGGGAUCGCAACUUCAUCGACCAGGAUAUAGAGGGUGUCGAUAUGGUAUUAACAGCUCUGGACGAUCAUGAAGAAUCGCUGCGAAUUGGUCACUUGUGUCGAGACAAGCGCAUUCCUGUCAAUGUGGCUGAUGUGCCACCCAUGUGCGAUUUCUAUUUCAUGUCUCAGCACCGCGAUGGACCUCUUCAAAUUGCUGUUUCUACCAACGGCAAGGGACCUAAAUUAGCCAACAUGGUGCGAGUGGCUGCAGCGAAUGCUUUACCAGACCAUAUGGGAGAUACCAUCGAGAAGAUGGGUAAAUUGCGUGCCAAGGUGAGAGAAUGGGAGCCUGAGAUGAAGAAUUCUGGCAAGCGUAUGACCUGGGUUACCAAGGUGUGCGAUAAAUGGGGAUUGAAGGGCAUGGCUCGUUUGAACGAUCUCAAGACACAAGAGCAAGAAGACACUGCUUUCGGCAAAUUGAAAGAGUAUUUUAUUGUGGGCGGCGUGCCUGAAAUUGAUGCCAUUUUGCCAUCUGACAAGAAGCCUCGUAUCACCUUGAUUGGUGGUGGGCCUGGAGAUCCAGAGUUGAUUACCGUCAAAGCCAAGCGUUUGUUGGAGGAAGCUGAUCUCGUCAUUAGCGAUCGAUUGAUCCCUAGUCAAAUCUUGGACCUCGUGCAAGGCGAGUUACGUAUCGCUCGUAAAUUCACUGGUAAAUCUGACGAAGCACAAGAGGAGUUGAUGCAAUGGUGUUUGGAUGGGCUCAAGAAGGGAUUGCAUGUGGUCAGACUCAAGAUUGGAGAUCCAUUGUUGUUUGGCAGAGGCGGCGAGGAGAUUAUCUGGUUCCGUGAACGUGGGUUCGAGCCUGAAUUGAUUGCUGGUAUCUCAAGUGCCUUCUCAGCACCUAUGGCUGCUAUGAUUCCUGUGACAUUUAGAGGUGUGUCUGAUCAAGUGAUCAUUACUACUGGCCGAGGUACCAAGGGAUCCAUGCCUGAUUUGCCCGUGUAUGGAAUAACACAAACCCUGGUUGUGCUAAUGGCUGUUGGUAGAGCAUCUGAACUGAGAUCCAUGCUGCUCGAUAGACAAUACCCUCAAGAUGUUCCCAUUUGCUGGAUCGAAAAUGCCAACUGUCCUGAGGAGCGCAUUAUCUUUGGAUCUGUUGACGCCAUGGCUAGCUUGGUGGAGGAGAAAGAGAUCAAGGCACCAGCCGUGCUUGUUGUUGGCCAUGCCAUUAGUGUGCUUAACAGUGAACAAGCGUAA